UGUUAAUGAAUUGGCGACCAAAUAUAGUCAUUCAAAAAAAGAAAAAAAAAAAAAGAAAAAAAAGACAACUCAAUUCUCCUGUAAAGUAAGUGAUUUAUUUUUGUUGUCUAUUACCUGUAAACUAAAUGAUUUAAAAGAGAAAAAAUCUAUAUUUCUUUAAUAAUGAUUGAAUUGAAAAAAAGGACUUGGUUUUUUAGAUUCGGAAUCGUAUUCGCUGGCUUGGCCUAACUAUUUGCUUUUAGUUGGCAAAGGAUUCACAUGGCUUCUCUUCACAUCAACCAAUAUAUCAUAACACGUGAUAACUGAUAACGGACCCUUUUCUUGUUGAUUUUCUUUCUUUUUCAUUGUUUUUUUUUCCAGAAGAUAGAAGAAGAAAGAUCAUCAAGACCGAUCUCGUAGACUUUUCUUUCUUUCGUCUCUGUCCAAAAACCAGAAAGAAACUUUUUCUUCUCGUAGAUCCUCGAGUUUCUCUACAAUGGAGUCUUUGAAGAACAGAACAUUGCUUAAGGUCAUUGUCCUCGGAGAUAGCGGAUACGUGUACAAGAAAUUUAACCGGCAAUAUAAGGCCACGAUAGGAGCAGAUUUCGUCACCAAGGAGCUCCACAUUGAAGAAAAAUCUGUCACUUUACAAAUAUGGGAUACUGCAGGACAAGAGAGAUUUCACAGUCUAGGAUCUGCUUUCUAUAGAGGUGCUGAUUGUUGCGUUCUUGUCUACGACGUGAACAAUCUCAAAUCAUUCGAAACUCUCAAUACUUGGCACACGGAGUUCCUCAAACAGGCCAAUCCGAUGGACCCUGAGACAUUUCCGUUUGUUUUGAUUGGGAACAAAACCGAUAUAGAUGGAGGAAACAGCCGAGUUGUUGCGGAUAAGAAAGCCAUCGAAUGGUGUGGCUCAAAGGGAAAUAUACCGUACCAUGAAACCUCUGCAAAGGAAGAUAUCAAUGUCGACGAAGCUUUUUUGGGCGUUGCACACAAAGCUCUCUCCAAUGAACGUAAACAAGACAACGUAUAUUUCAGAGACAUGUCAGUAUCUGUUACAGAUAUUCUUGAGGAGCAGCCAAGAGGUUGUGCUUGUUGAUUCAUAAUUAACAUAUCUGAUCGAUAAUAUCGAUUCCCAGCUCUUUUCUUUUCGAUCUUUGUUUAUUUUAUUUGAUUAUAUAUUUGGUUAAUAUCAAUCAUAGAGGUUUAUUAACGAAAAAAACUGAUAUAUGCUACGACCUGAGUGUUUUGAUUCAUGUAUAGCAUUCUUAAUUAAUUUAUCUUAAAGUUUUUUUUUUAUAUAUAAUUUUAUGUUAAAAGUUUUUGUUGAUAGAUUCAUGCAACCCAAAUUCACUUGGUACUUUUCAACUUAUUAGUGUUGCAUUGAAUUUUUAUGUUUGG